AUGGCGCUGGAGCUACGACGGAGGAACACCUUCAUCAUAUGCAUGACAACGCACGCGGAUCAGCAUGUGUUGGCGUACAUGUUAUACAGCAUACACAGCUUGGCAGCCCACAUUGCACGGCUGGCUGUCUGCCCGCUGCACAGGCGGGCUGGGCAUGCCAAGAGGCUCAUUCAACAUGUGACCCGUGAGCUACAGCGCGCCCGCCGUAUCAGCACCUUCUCCUUGCAUGUCGCCGCCGUGAAUGAGCCGGCACUCGCUCUGUACAAGGCGUCUGGAUUCAAGGAGGAUGCUUUCCUGCAGGACUACUAUGCACCCGGUCGGCAUGCACACAGGUGCUCGAGACGGAGCUGGAUGUGUUGGGCGGGCGCUGCGUUGCGCGCUGUGUGA